AUGAGACGACUGCUGUGCCAGAGGCCACCGAUUCCUGAGUUACCUGCGGAAAUCCUCGAAGACAUUGACGCAGUUAUUACGCAUCGAAACAAGAAAGCAGUUCUGACCUCAUCCACAUCAAUCACCCCGAGCAUUGUGCUUACUCCCAACAAUCAUAUGACACCAGAGCAAUCGAGCUCCAAGGGAAUCAGUAUAUCACUGUGGAAAGGCGACAUCACAUCUUUAGCUGACGUCACAGCAAUUGUCAACGCUGCGAACUCUCAGCUUCUUGGUUGUUUCCGCCCGGACCAUCGCUGUAUUGACAAUGUUAUCCACUCUGCUGCCGGCCCACGUCUUCGCGAUGCAUGCAAUUCCUUAAUGCUUAAGCAAGGGCAUCCAGAACCGGUCGGGUCUGUAAAGGUUACCCCAGGCUUCAAUCUACCAGCGCCGUGGGUAUUACACACUGUGGGCCCGCAAGUGAACUCCAGGAAGAGCCCUGGAGCAGUGCAGAAGCAACAACUAGCAGGUUGUUACAGGUCUUGCCUUGAUGCCACUGAGUCACUUCCUGCGCUUCCGGACGGCCGUAAGGUUGUAGCCUUCUGCUGUAUCUCAACAGGACUGUUUGCUUUCCCGCCGGACAUGGCUGCCAAGAUUGCUCUGGAGACCGUGGUGCAAUGGUGCUUGGAUCAUCCGGCAACAACCGUGACCGAUAUAAUCUUCGAUACCUUUAUGGAGCGAGACUACGAGUUAUAUCAAGCAAAUAUAUCCGAGCUCAAGACUAACUUUGCCUCUCCAGGCGUCCAAAUAUCUUUCCCACCGAGUCCAUCCCAUCAACCCAAGGCACUCAUUACCCCUACCAUAACCAAGGCGCGAGGCUGGCUCAAAGAAGCAGACUACUUAGUUAUCUCAGCCGGUGCUGGUCUUUCAGCAGCUAUCGGCCUCGACUAUACCUCUACAUCUCUUUUCGAAAAGCAUUUCCCCGCAUUUCUCUACCUCGGGCUAGGACGCCUAUACGACGUUUUUGGAUUCAACGACUGGGACAGUCCAAAUCAAAAAUGGGGCUACUACUUCCUCCACCUAAACAUGGUCCGAGCCUGGCCGGCAUCGAAACUCUACGGCGCCCUGCGUAAACUCGCAGCCCCAUUUGCCGAUAGAUAUUUCGUUCGCACAUCCAACGCCGAUGGCCAAUUCGCUGCCAACGGCUUCCCAGCAGAGAAGGUAUCCACACCACAAGGCCAAUACCGAUUCCUACAAUGCUUCGCCAAAUGUCGACCCGAUGCCGUGUUUCCUUCCGAUCCCUUCGUGGACGCCGCGUUACCCUUUAUUGAUCCAAAGACCCAGGUUCUCACGGAUGAACCGAAGAUCCCUGCAUGCCAAUACUGCGGCGGCGAACUGACACUCUGUGUGCGUGGUGGGGACUAUUUCAAUUCUGCGCCAUUCCGUACGCAGGAGCAUAAGUGGAAGCAAUAUAUCGAAGAUGUUGCCAGCAAUCUGGAUGGUAGGAGGGCUGUUAUUCUUGAGCUGGGUGUAGGGCUCAAUACGCCGGCUGUGUUGAGGUGGCCGAAUGAGGAGCUGGUGGAGGACUCUUUGAAUCCUGGUUUUCGACUUAUCAGGGCGGGAAUAGGGGCUUCUGGGUGUGCGCCUUGGGAUCUGGAGGAACGAGAUUUGGCUGUUGGAAUUGAAGGGGACUUGGGUUUGGUUGUGGAGGCAUUGGUGGGUUGA